AUGAUUAAUCUCGAACCUCGCCUCCCUCUUGAUGACGAACAGUUCCAAACGUCGGUUUCUGGGUACGUAUUUGUUGCUUGCACUGGAAUUUUGAUCUGGGAUGUUUUGGAAAAUGUGAAAGAUGAUUAUACACUACUCUUCAACUAUAGAAUCAGGCUACCGACGAUUGCAUACUUUAUUUCGAGGUUCUCCUCUCUGGCUUAUAUUUUACUAUCCACGGUGUUCCAAACCACCCGAAUUAUCUACUGCACACGAUUUCAAAAGGCGAUGGGGGCGAUGUACUCCGUUGCCGUCCCGUCCACUACCCUGCUCUUUACCAUCAGAGUACGCGCAAUUUAUGGAGGAAGCAAAUCUGUCACUGCGUUCUUUGGCAUAUUGUGGCUUUUUGUCAUUGGAGGUUGUCUCACGACGAUCCAUGGAGACACGGUGCGGGAAAUCGGUAAAACGGGAUAUUGCGUCAAUACGCAUUUCGAAGGAUACGCGACGAGCUCUGUCAUUGCUCCAUUGAUCAACGACACGCUGGUGUUUUUGGCUAUUUCAUGGAGGCUUAUGCAAGCUACGCUUCUUCGUGAUGGACAUAAAGUGCAUUUUCAGGAGAUAGUCCUUGGGCGACGUAUGCCGCCGUUUUCACGAGCGUUGUUUAAUGAUGGUCAAAUGUACUAUCUCACGACGAUUACCACCAAUCUGUCAACGCUGAUCAUGAUGUUCAUGACAUCUCUCCCGGACGAAUAUCGAAUCAUGCUUGCAGGUCCAAAUGUCAUGCUCAUGAACAUUAUGGCGUGCCGCGUAUUCAGAAAUACGAAGUUUGCGCCGCUGUCGUAUUGCACACAGCAAACCAUGAUAUCGGCACCACCUGCAUCGUCGGAGUCGAUGGAUAUCCGCAGUACCCAAAUGCCUUCGUUUGCUUCCAAUAAGCUUUAUGCUCACGGGGAUACAUUCAGUGGCACUUUUAGUAUUACUGUCGAUAUCAGCACGGGUGAGCAUGGAACUGAGCACGCUGCUACUGCUGCUGCUGCUGAACGCCCUAAAAUACACCCCGGAGGCUUAGAUAAUGCUGAGAAGGGACGAGAGUCGUUUAGGGACCAUAUUUACUACCUCCCAGAACGUGAGGAUGGGUACACGACAUUCAUCGUAGAGGAAUUUAGAUCUGUCGUAUCUAUCCCGGGCCGGUCUAAAGCAGUAAGCGCCCAUGGUGGGAAUAAUGUGUGA